AUGGCUUUUCAAAUUGGAAAAAAAAAGGAGAGAUUACAAACUCAUAUUGGGAUUCAUGAUAGUGCUAAUAAUCAAGCUUGGAGAAAAUGUGAAGCACUUAUGAAACUAAAACGACACAUUAGUGCUGCUAUUGAAAAACAAUCUGAGCAAGCUAAAAAGAAUUAUCAAAUUCAUUUGACAGCCACAAUUGAUUGUAUUAGAUUUCUUUUGCGACAAGGAUUGGCCUUUCGUGGUAAUGAUGAGGUAGAUGAUUCUGUUAAUCAAGGAAAUUUUUCGGAACUUCUAAACUUUCUUGUGCAACAUAAUGAAGAGAUUGAUCGUGCUUUAAAAAAUGCUCGUGGAAAUCUUAAGCUAAGAGCUCCCUCAAUUCAAAAAGAUAUUGUAAGAGCUGCUGCAAGUGAAACGACAAAAGUUAUUGUUAAUGAUUUUGGAGAUGAAUUGUUUGCUACUUUGGUUGAUGAAGCCCACGACAUUUCUAUUAAGGAGCAAAUGUCAGUUUGUUUAAGAUAUGUGAAUAAAGAAGGGCAAGUUAGAGAGCAUUUUCUUGGUCUUGUUCAUGUUUCUAAUACUAAUGCUUUAUCUCUAAAAUUAGCAUUGGAGUCAUUAUUAGAAACAUAUAAUUUAAGUUUAUCAAGAGUACGUGGUCAAGGAUAUGAUGGUACAACUUCGUGUAAACGAAGAGAUAUGCUUCGUGAUAGUCAGAUGACUAAGACAAUUGAAGCAUUACAAAGUGGAGAAAUUGCUAGUGGACGUGGUUUGAAUCAAGAAAUAGCUUUGAAAAGAGUUGGAGAUACUAGAUGGGGAAGAUCAAGACGCAAAGCUCAAAAGAUUUCAAAUUUGCAUCAUUUUCAAGUUGAGAUAUUCUAUCAUGUAGUUGAUAGACAACUUCAAGAACUCAACAAUCGUUUUACAGAGGUGAAUACUGAAUUACUUCUUUGUAUAGCUUGUCUGAAUCCAAGACAAUCAUUUCUUGCGUUUGAUAACGAGAAGUUAAUCCAGUUAGCUCGAUUCUAUCCAUUGGAAUUUUCUUCUACUCAACUUUUGGCACUUGAUAGUCAACUUGAGAACUUUAUACUAGAUGUGCGUUCUGAUGAUCAAUUCUCAAACUUAAAUGGGAUUGGUGCUCUUUCUCAGAAAUUGAUUGAGACUCGAAAAAAUAUUGUUUAUCCAUUAGUUCUUUUGAAGUUAGCUUUAGUUUUGCCUGUAGUAACUGCAUUAGUUGAAAGAACUUUUUAUGCGAUGAACAUCAUAAAGAGUCGGCUUCGCAGCCGUAUGGGAGAUGAAUUUUUAAAUGAUUGUUUAGUGACAUACAUAGAAAGAGAGACAUUUGAUUGUAUUGACAAUGAAAAGUGCCUUGGUUUAAUUUCUAUUUUGAAUUUGAUUCUCCACCUGACCUACAUAUAUCAAAUUUAA